CGUAAAAUCGGCCCAAAAAUGUCGCUUUACCUUGGCUGCUUUUUAUUCCUGCUAAUCUGCGUGGUACACGCGAGUCCAGUUUCGAGGAACGAAUCCAACAUUCUGCGAAUCGGCAGGCCUCAAAACGCGUCGUCGAUAACGGCCAGGGUGACGAAUUUGAACAGCACCGAUUACGAGGUGGAGAAGCAGACGUCGAAAGAUAGGCGCGGCCAGUCGAUUGAAUUCAGCAAAAACAAUCCGGAACUCGAUUGGAAGAAGUAUCUAAAGUUGUUCGACGAGAAUCAAGAGGAACACGAAGAUUUGGAUAUCGAUUUCAUGAAAGAAAAGUUGCAGAAGACGGCGAACAGUAUCCAAUGGCUGGUGGAUCUUUACGAUCCCCUCAAGUGGUCUAGAGUACCUGGUAAACUCGGGCACGACUGCAGGAACGAACUAGAAUCGUUUCUAAAGUCUCUCAAGGAUGGAAAGCUGUGGGCGGCCAAGAUGUCGGACGCGAGUGGCCGUUACUCAUCGCAGUUCCAUUUCGGGAACGGUUUCUGGCUUGGUUCGAGCACCCUCUGCAAAGAGCUAAACGCCACCAGAGCAAGUAUUCGCCAGGAACUCGACGAUACUCCGCCCUAUGCGUUGAAAUUUCACGUAGCGAGAAUGUACCUGACGUUGCCCAAGGAACUCGAAUUCUCGACAAGACAAGUAUUUUUGGGUCUUUGCCUGCCAGCUACGUGCGACCAAGCAUCCCUGACCUCGAUGCUAAGAGCGAACGCCGAUCGAGUCGAACGAGAAGGUAACUCGACUUAUCGAUCGACCGGCCCCAAGAUCCACAUCGUUGCGGUGAAAUCUGUGCCUUCGAGCAAUUACAACCCUUGGCGCGAUCCCAAGUCGUACGUUCUCUCCGGAGUUGCAGGCGCGCUACUAUUUCUGAUGAUCUGCGCGACUAUGUACGAGUACAGAACACGAGUACAACCGAAUGUCAAGGAUGUGGAAUCGUCUAGCGUAUCGAAUAACAACGAGAGACUGAGCAAUUUUUCCAACAAAAAUCUAAACCAAGAUGGCGAGGUGAUUCAAGAAAAUGGGGAGGAGCUGAUCGAAAAGGGGAAGAACUUGCAAAAAGAACCGCCUGAUCGUUCUGAAAAGCAGAGCAAGAAAGGUUUCUGGCUAACGUGUCUAACAGCCUUCAAUCCUAUCGCGAACGGCAGCAAGAUUGUUAGCACCGAACCUGCCGCGAGAGAUAGCCUGACUUGUCUACACGGGCUCAGAGUGUUCUCGCUGGGAUGGGUGGUCAUGGUACACACUUAUCUUCAAGUCUUCUCCAUUGCUGAGAACAAAACCCUGCGUUCGGUGACAGAACGGAAUUUUAUGUUCCAAACUAUCAGCAACGCCACCUUCUCCGUAGACACAUUUUUCUUCAUCAGUGGCUUGUUAGUUACGAUCCUUUUCUAUCGGUCUUCCGGUAGCUUGAAAAAUGACAAGGGCGUUUUCUGGAAGACAUGUUUCACCAAAUUUAUCAUCAUGAUCCUCUACAGAUUUAUCAGAUUGACACCGGCGUAUCUCUUUGUCCUGGGAAUAAACGAGAUCGCCAUCAAGUAUGCGCUAUCAAGGACGGUGUUCUCGCCAGUGAUCGUCGAUCAUUUGACAUGCGAGAAGUUUUGGUGGAGAAACGCAUUGUACCUUAACUCGCUCUACCCUCGUACCGAGAUGUGUAUGCUGUGGAGCUGGUAUAUGGCGAACGACACACAGUUCUACGUUCUCGGAAUACUUUUGCUUCUUCUAUCUAUCAAAUACCUGAAGGCCGUUAUCGUCGUGAUUUUCCUAUUGAUCGUCUCUUCGUGGUUUACCACCUUCUCCGUCGCCUAUUCCAACGAUUACAUCGCCAGAAUCCAAGAACCGUUUGCGCUUUUCGACGAGCUGUACGAUAAACCUUGGCUGAGAGCCGGGCCUUACUUCGUUGGCAUCAUCACCGGUUACAUUUUGUUCAGAACGAAUUGCAAAUUGAAAUUGCCUCUGAUCGUACGAGUAAUCGGCUGGGUAUUAUCUACUGCCAUAAUGUUCUCGGUAGUUUACGGUCUAUAUCCCGGAAACUUAACCGUGCCGGUGAGUUCCGUAUACGCCGCCUUAGGACACACCGCCUGGGCGAUUGGUGUAUCCUUCAUCGUGAUUCAAUGCUGCACCGGCUACGCUAGAAUGAUCGACAGUCUGCUGUCGCUCAAACUGAUAUAUCCGCUAUCGAGGUUGACUUACUGCGCGUACUUGGUGCAUCCUGUCAUCAUGAUGGUCACUGUAUCUCAGAUGGAUGGGCCGCUCCACCUUCACAACAAUAUCGUGCUGAUCUUGUACUUUGGCAAUCUGGUCGCCUCCUACUUGAUGUCGUUCUGCAUUUCCAUCGCGUUCGAGGCGCCCAUCGUCAAUCUGCUCAAGAUCGCUUUCUUAUCGAAGAAGAGGAUAAGAUAGAGAAAGAUCGAACGUAGCGUAUCGCGCGAUCGACGCUAGGUAAUGGAAGCUUCGAUUUUUCUCACAAUAGGCGCGUUAUUAAAAAUCGACUUUCUUGUUCCUCAGGAUUUAAUCGUAGCUCUCCAGUGCAAGAGGAAAGAAUCCCCGACUCUCUGGCAGAUAUUUUCGGGACAAAGAUAAAAUCCGCUUUCGUGCAUCUAUUUUUCUCGACGAUGAUACAAUACACUGCUGCCGUACUUUGACAAUUUAGACGAUGCGAAAUCAAUGCGAUUUCGUUGUACUUAGUAGGACUAUGUUUGCACAGACGCUUAUGACUGUCGUAAAGUAUAAAUCAAAGGCAAACGCGUCUUCCGUAGAAUACAGGCGAUCAAAGAUCUAUUAAAUUCGUAAUUUCGCAGAAAAAGCGAGCGUUCAUUUCGUCUCGCUCGUCGUUCGUGUCAAGAGAGAUUCUUCGUAAAUCAUCGCCGAAACAAUAAGCUUCUCGCGUGUUAUUUUAUACGAUUCCAAUAGCGUUUUUACCGUUGAUCGCGAUCAUGUGCCACGAGAAUAUUUACAAUUGGUGCAGUAAGAAAACUUGGACGAAAGUUGGAAAUCGAGCGAAGAUCGAAAGAAGAAAGGACCAGGAGCCGUGCCCAGCCGCCGCUAGUCCAGUUCAACGAAAGCGCGAAGACAUUGGAAAGCGAUAAAGGCGGCGAAGCGAUUGUAGCUUAAGACCGAACUUUAAAUAACUAAGAUCAAUAGCACACCUGCUCGCGAGUGUCAAUAGCGAAAGAAAAUGUUUGUACAAGAAAUUGAAAAAAGCGUUUCAUUUUAAACGUACUAGUAUUUUCCCACGCGACGAAUAUUUUGUCUGUGUGUGCGCCAAAACGACGGAAAUACGAAAGCGCGUUAAACUUAGAUCGAAGAAAAGAUACAUCGAUAUUUGCUGUUUCACGCUUGGACGAAAUUUAAUGCAAGUCGGACGUGAUUCGUUUAAAGUCGCGUUGCUUCGUUAAAUUACAAAAAGCAGUUGAAAAACGAGUACGUUUUUCACGUCAUUCUUUCUUAGAUAUUAACUCGAAACGCGUCUCUUUAUCGCAAAAAGAAAAGAAAAACUGUCGUCGCGUAGGCGUUAUAACCGUUAGGGAAAAAAGAAAAAUAUCAUGCAAAGCGUGCCGAAUCUCUUCUGCUGCCAACGGCUAAAUUAAGAAUCACUGAAACGUAAUUGAUAUUUGGAGUAAAAAAUUAAUCGUAAAAAGGAGUUUCUCGUUUACUCGUGAACCAACAUUCGCGGUGUUUCGCCGCACGGCGGUAAAAAGUAACCUUACCUUUUUCUUAUCCUUUAACGUAAAAACGUAACGGAAAAGGCAAGUAAAUAUAUGCGGGCAGAAACGAGCACGAAGGAAAAUAUGUAAACAGCGCACGGAGUAAUUCUGGCCUGGUACUCCUGCACGCGUGUUCGAUCUUUGCGUGGUGCUACGUGCUCGGAAGCACACGAUUAGUAAUGCAAUUAACGUCCCGUCAAUUACGGUCGUAUAACGUCCAUUUCACGCGAUUAUCGCAACGCGACCGACUGCCUCGCACUUGCAUCAUCUGUCGCGUAUAUCAAUGCCAUGACGUUUGCCUCCUC